AAAACGAUACAUAUUACGAUGAUUACGUAUAAGUUUAUAAUUAUCGAUGUAUUAGUGUAUUUCUUACAUCCCUACACUACUCUAACAAAAUAAGAUACACAAGCUUGGGAACAUCCGAAAAAAUGGAAUCAAAAGGCGGCCAAUCAGAUACGAAACUAUUGCUAGUAACAGCUAAUGUCGGAAGUUUGUUUGAAGAUCCACAAAGACUACUUACAAUAUGGCUAGAAGAGUUUAUUAGCAAUGCAACAAGGGUCAAUCCCAGAUUUUUAGCUUUACAUCUACAAGAAGUGGGUGGAAAGACAUACGAGAAUUCAAUGGGUAAUGUACAGGAAUUUAUCAGAUGUUUAUGCGAGGCAAUGGCGAAGACUGACUUUAUCUACGUUCAUAUAUAUAUGGACGAAGACUUUAAGUCUGCGGAACAUUUUACUGCACUUGGAAACAUUUACUUCGGUCACAAGGAUAUAUGUAUAUUAAGAAUAUGGAAUUUUCUUACUCACGACUGGGAAGAAAAGCUGGACAAAGGCAAACGAAUAUAUUCUGGUAAUAUUGAAAAUGUUCCGACUAAGGAGAAAGCAAAGUUCCCUCAGCAUUUUUUUCCCGAAUGUAAAUGGUCUCGGAAAGGAUUUAUGCGAACCCGAUGGGAAAUUAAUGGAACUGCCGUUGAUCUAGUCAAUAUACAUCUUUUUCAUGAUGCAUCUAAUUUGGCUGCAUGUGAAGAUUUUCCUUCUGUAUACUGCAAAACAAGGAGAAGAGCCCUCAUACAUACUAUUGAAAGGUUCCAUUUAGAUGAAAAAAAUGGAUCCGUUCCUUUUUUUAUAUUUGGAGAUUUCAAUUUCAGAUGUGACACAGCAGGUGUUGUUAAAGAACUGACUGCAAAUUUAACUGCUCAUCGCGUCCAAAGUGUAAAGAAUGAAAACACUAAAAUUAAUUAUCGCAAUUCAGAUGGCAACAAUAUACUUACUGUUGGUAAAAAAGAAUUUUGUCACGCCGAUCAUCAACUUAAAUUCAAAGAAUUUUGGUUAAAAGAGUUUGAUAGAGAAUUGGAACCACUUACGGACAUUUUGGUUGAAUAUCCGAUAUCUUUUAUUCCAUCAUAUCCUUUUGAAGAAGAUCCCGAAAUGCCUACUGAUUAUAUGUCAACUAGGUGUCCAUCAUGGUGUGAUCGUAUUUUAAUGGCUCCACAAGUCAAAGACAUAAUUAAAAGUGAUGAGUGGAAAUAUGAUAUGAUAGGACAAACUGUAUGCAUGGGCGACCAUAAGCCCAUUUACUUAACUGUUCAUCUAAAGCCAAACAAAGGUACUUAUAGAUCAUGUGACUACAGCUGUUCAGCUAUCCAUAUUAAUAACAACAACAAUUUAACAUCACCCGUUAAAUUCAAGACUUGUCCUUAUGUAAAAAAAGUAUAUAAUCAAGUUAUAAAAGAAGGUAAAAUUCUUAGCCAAGGCAGUAAAUCACAAGACCUACCGUUAGACUAUUUAAAUAGCCAUUUAGCUGAUGGCCAUUAUGCAAACACCCCCAACAGACACGAUAAACAAAUUAUAGAGACUACGUUAAAAGUUGAAUGCGACGAAGAUAUACAAAAAGAUACCUCAAACUACCCAAGCAUUAGCAUUAAUAUAAUUAAUUCCGAUAAUAUAUAUGUUUGUAUGUGUACACAAACAUACAAUUCGGUCUCCCGCGGAGCUAAACAUGAGACCAUUUGCCCAAUAUGCCGUAAUUUAACGAAGGGGCAGCCUGUUGAGCAUCGUAACAGGUUAUUAUCAAAUAGUGUUGUAUUAUCAGAAAAUAUAAUAGUAAAUCAAAUCGAUACACAACACCUUAAUACUUAUAUUGAAAGGUCGUACGUGGACCCGUACACUCCAGAAAGCAAUGAAUCUAAUUCCCCAUAUCCUGAGCUUAGAAGCAUAGCAACAACUUCCCAAAGCAAAAGUUGCAAACUAGAACUUUUUAUGGCCACUGAUAAAGAUCAUAAAAUGCAAUACUCUGGGCAAAAUGGAAAUGACGAGGACUUAUAUUCUUUACAAUCAGUCCAUGCAAUCACAGAGAAACAGUCAAGAGCUACCGUUACACCUGUGCAGUUAAAAUCUCGAUUAGAGGACCUACAACGAACAGAAAUGUUUACUUCAGAUAGAGAUUAUGUUGCUUUUGGGAAGGGUGAUGUUCAUAAUGUCGACGCUAUUAGCACCCCAAAAUAUCUUUCAAACAGUAGAAAUCGCAAUCGUAGUUUUUUUUCUAUGUGUUGUAGUAUUCACUAAUUUAAGUUUUUAUUCUAUUGUUAAUCAGUAUUUGUAAGAUGUUUUUGUUUUUAUUAAUAUUUAAAUUAUUAUUUUAACUGUUUUGUUGCUAUAUUUCUAGAAACACUUACAAGUUAUUUCAUUUUAUAAAAAAAUAAAUUAUGCGAAGCUUACGUAUAGUUAGAAGUUUUCGAAGAUAAAAUUAAUUACUUAAUUUCACACCAAAGAUAAAUAUACCAAUAGCCAUAAUUGACAUAUUACUGUGAUUUUGUAUAUGCGACAGAAUUAAUAUAUUAUCUAAAUUAAAUUGUGUUGCACAUAAUAUUACUAUUAUUUGUCUAAUUACCCCAUAUCACAGUCGAAAACGAUCAAGCUAAGCUGCAUCCCUACAUUCCUGAUAGAUUGGGACUCAAAGUGAAGCUAAUAAUAUUAUGUUUAUCGCUUUUAUUUGCAUAUAUGUAAUUAUAAAAUGAUUUUAGGAAUAACGUAACGUUUAUGAAAAAAAAAAAACAAAACAGCCUACAAAUGGGCCAUAUAGUCUUUGUACUUAUGAUUAUGGUUGACAAUUAUUUUCAUUUUUUAUUUUUAUUUUAUAUUAGAUUUUAAAGUCGCCGUGAAACUAGGUAAACUUAAUACAAAAGUUUAUCCCAGAAAAAUUAAAAAAUAGCAUUGCCCUACCGCCGAAAUAUGGGUGGAUUUGGCAAUGCACAUAGUAGAUAUCAAGAGAAAGAAUUAUCCAUCUGUACAUUAGUAUAAUUGCAGAAUUAAAAAAAAAAAACUAAGAAAGGUUAAGAAACAAAACUUCGUAAAAUAAAUAUAUCAAAAUUAAAUUUUUCAGAACAG